UCCGGUUUCGACCCCCCCAGCCCCGGGAUAGCAGCUAACCAGCCAUUGCAAUCGAAACACUGCCGCCCUGCUGAGAAAAGUGUCCACUAUGGUGCAAUGCAUGGUCCAGGGCUGCCCCAACAAAUCCUACCCGAAAGCGGGGUUCGCAAACCGAGCUCACAAGCGUUUUUUCAGCUUCCCCAAAGACGCCAGUCGAGUCAAAGUGUGGCUGGCAGCUUUAAGAGAGACAGAUCGUAUAUCUACUCUUAGUGAUCACCAUCGGAUUUGCGAGGACCAUUUUCUGAAGCACCAUAUAACGCGGUUUGGUGUCAGUAAAGAUGCGAUCCCCAUCAUGCCUCCCUACUUAGACGGACCGCUGACUGCCAACGAGGGCAUAGAUGCAGAGCUCGACGCGGAAGAGCAUGUAAUAUCACCGGUCAAGGAGGCGGGAGAAGAGGAUAAAAUGAUGACUAAAGUACCCAGUGGGAGCAGCACGGAGAAAGACAGUACGCCAUUGACAUUCAGCUGGGAAACCGAUCCUGAGAUUCCAGACGCCUCUAACCAGGAGCUCACAGAAAACGAGAAGGAAGCGCCUCGGAUCACUGCUGUGUUCCACUGUGUUCUGCUUCGAGAGAUCCACAACAUCCGCAGAGACUGUUUCACGGCUACCAGAUACACAAAAGUUUGCAGCAGACAUUUUAUUAAAAGUGAUCUGAUUGAAGCACCAUAUGGAGGGAGGCGCCGGGUACGAAAGGGUGCGAUUCCCUUUCUGUUUCAGUGGAAUGAAUAUAGUCUACUGCAACCAAGACCUGGUACUGUGUGCGAGAGGCGAGAGAAGCCUGAACCUAUCGCCGAAGACAACGCAAUGGACUCGGCAUUACUGUUAUUUGCAGGCUCAGAUGAGGACGUACGAUUUGACACAAGCAUUGUUUCAGUCAUGGAUGAUGACCCCAUGGAUGGGACAUAUCUAGAUCACAGUAUGGACAAAUACCCAAAGGCACGAUUUGAUGCGUCUCUUGUCCACCUGACCAAGAGGUUUAUGGAUAUGGUGCGGGUUGCUCCAGAAGGCAUUUUGGAUUUAAAUAACGUAGCCCGGACUUUGGGAGUACGGAAGAGAAGAGUCUAUGAUAUCACCAAUGUAUUGGAUGGAAUUGAGCUCGUUCAGAAGCGAACAAAAAAUCAAAUACAAUGGGUUGGUUCAAGUCUCAGCAGUGGUCUAAAAUGUGAAAUGAAGCAGCAUGAGCUGAAAAAUGAGCUGAUGGACUUAACUGCAAUGGAAGAAGCUCUAGAUGAACUCAUCAAAGACUGCGCUCAUCAGUUAUUUCAAUUAACAGAUCAAAAUGAAAAUGCUAAAGCUGCUUAUGUAACAUAUCAGGAUAUCCACAGAGUUCAGGCCUUCGAAGAGCAGGUUGUAAUUGCAAUCAGGUCUCCUGAGGAAACGAAAUUGGAGGUCCCCCAUCCUAAAGAGGACAACAUUCAGAUUCACAUAAAGAGUUCCAAGGGUCCCAUUGACGUGUUCCUGUGUGAGGUAGACCAGAGAGACGAGUCCCAGCAGAAUAACUCUGAUGCCGAGGCCUCAGGGACCUUUUUAACACUAGAGAGCAGCACACACACACUGCCCGCUGACAAAGAUCUGCCAAUAAAAUCAUUAACUAUAAAACGAGUGUGCUUGGAAAAUUCGGAGUAAAUUGUUUUUCACCUUGCAAAUGUUUACACAUGGGUCCAAGAAGAACCACAAGAAGACUGUAGAAAGACUCCUGGACCCUGCGAAUGUUGGCACUAAAAUGAACAUUUAAUCAUCUGAGAUGAUGACAAAAAUCAAUGAAAUUUUGUGGGUUUUUUUAAAUAGUUUUUUUUAUGAUGGGACGCUCAAUCUUAAGAAUAUAAAACCACAAGGACCUUACCAAAAGGCUGUUUUAUUUGUAAUAUUGCUAUAAUGUCAAAAUAAGCAUCCCAACACUUGUGAACCUAAAUGUAUUUUUCAUAACAUUGUAUAUAUUCUAUUAGGAAGAGUUAUUGGUAUUAUUAGUAAUAAUAAUAAUAAUAAUAAUAAAGAAGUCUCCUGAAAGCAAUACAUCCCGUUCUAUCAUUCUGAAUCUUGGGUGUCAGGCAGACACGGCAAAUUCACUAUUAGGUCUCCAUUAACUUUUUGACCUCAAUACUGAUGAUCUGUUGGGUUACAAUUAAAAAAAAAUGUUGCAGCCCUCAGUUUGUUUCUGUCUUGUCGAGUACCUUGGUUCAGAUUAAAACUGACUUCAACUGAUUAAAAUGAUGCUUUUUGUUGUACGUCUGAAUUAAUUUGCAUCCAAUGAACGUGUAAAUAUGAAACUCAAAACUUUGUUAAAUACAUAUUGCUGUGUAUUUAAGUAUGGAGGAUCCAUACCUUGUUUAUUAUAACAAUAUAAUUACAAAUACCAA